AUGGAUUAUAUUCAAAAAGAAGAGGAAACCCAGAAUGCCUAUGCCAAUUUGGACAACAGAGGUGAAGCUAAUGUUUACGAAACCCUCAAUCUCAAUGCAAAUCCCUCUAAAGAAGAUGGUAGCUGUGCUGAUGGCUGGCAGAGAUUCAAAAGUAGCUAUUACUAUGUCUCCACUGAAGCCAAGGAUUGGAGCACAAGUCGAAAGGACUGUCAGACAAAACAAGGUGAUCUGGUGGUCAUAGAUAGCAGAGAGGAACAUGAGUUUUUGGUAACAUGGAAAAAGAAUUUCACUGUGUUCUGGAUUGGCCUGAGUGACAUAGAGACAGAGGGAGUUUGGACAUGGGUGGAUGGCACAAGGCUCCAUCAAGAAUACUGGAAAUCGGGAGAACCCAACAAUGUUGGUCAAGAUGAAGACUGUGCUGUUUCCCAUCAUUCAAGUUGGCUUCAUUGGAACCUACAACUAUGGAAUGAUAUUUCUUGCUCUACAAAGUCGCACUGAAUCUGUGAAUGCAACCCUCAUUAAUAUAGUUGUAAUAUUUCUGAUGUUCUUUUAACAUUUUGAUGGCCCUUGUAUUGCUUAAAGCUUGUAUAUUACCACAUCUCCUGCAGAUACACAAGACUUAUCACCCACCUGUUCACUAUGGGUCAUUUACUGUUAAAGGAACAUGCCAGUUUUUGAGGGAUAUUUGCUUUUUUGUCUACUCCAGAGUUAGAUAGCCCAGUGCAAUAACUCAGUUUGACAGAAUUAAGCUUAAGCUUAGCAUAAUUCACUGGAAGUGAAUUACACCAGUUAGUCUAUAGCAAGCACACAAGGGAACUAUUUGAGAACUGGUGUAACCCACUUCCAGUGAA